AUGGAUCCAAACAGAUUAUUAUGGGAUGAAAACCAAAAUAAAAACCAAAUGCUUGCAAUUACAGUUGAUAGAUCAGGCGAUUCUGCAUCUUUGAGUCUAAAAAAAGUGCCCAUCCCAACGCCAAAGAAUGGCCAAGUUUUAAUAAAAGUUGACUUUGCCCCAAUUCAUCCAUGCGAUGCCAAAUUCUCUUCUGAGCAAAGUCCACAAGCCUGCUCUAUAAAUUCAAUACCAGGAAUUGAAGGAAGCGGAACUGUUGUUUCAAGUAACAAAACUCUUAAAGGCUGAUAUUUGAUUGGUAAAAAAGUAAGCUUUAUGCAACUCAAUCCAAAUCUUUCAGGCUCUUGGGCUGAAUAUGUUGUCUGCGAUGCUCGAAGCGUGGUGCCAGUCACAAAAAAUUUCGACUUUUUCCAAGGCACUUUAUUGAUGUAUAAUCCAAUUUUUUCUUUUAUGUUAAUCGAGCAAAUUACCAUUGGAAAACAUUAUUCUAUUAUUUUAACCGGAGCUGCUUCAGCAAUAGGGAAAAUUAUGGUAAAAUAUUGUUUUCAAGCAGGAUUAUCUAUUAUUUGUGUUGUCAAUAAUAAAAAUGAGAAAUCAGAAUUAAAAAAACUUCGAGUGAAUUAUAUUUUAAGAACCGAUAAAAAUAGUUUUGGAGAAAAGUUAAGAAAUGCUGCAAGAGAUACGAAGCCAACUUGUGCCUUUGAUAUUUUUGGAGGAGAAAUUGCUAAAAUGCUGCUUUUUGAAUUAGAAAAUAGAGGAAUCUUGUAUUUGCUCUCUAAUUUUUCUUUGAAGCCACUAGGAGAUAUCCAAGCUGACCAAUUCAUAUUCAAAGGUAAACAAAUCUGUGGUCUAGAUAUAAGGCGGUAUUAUAACAAAAUCACAAAUGUGAGAAAAUGGUUGGCGAUUUCACAAAUAGCUUCUCAAGAAAAUCUUUUUAAAGCAAAUAUCAGUGAUAUAGUAAGUAUGAGCAAAUAUGAGCAUGCGCUAAAGAGAGCUAAAGAAAUUCCUUCAUCAGAUAUUGUUUUACUUAGAAUUGACUCUGACCCAUUUAAAAAUGAAUUUUCUUUAAAGAGUGAAGCAGAUCUGGAAAACUCCCAAAUUAAAAGCAAGCAAGGACUAUACGCCCUUCCUAUAGAUGGCGCGCAAUGCGCGAUCAUCGGGCCAUGUCGGGAGAGGGUUCUCCACGAGGAAUGGUUCCACGUGUGGAACCUCUUUUUUGGCUCGUGGAAAAAGAGAGUUCCACACGUGAAACUAUUCCUCGUGGAGAACCCUCUCCCGACAUGGCACGAUGAUCGCGCAUUGCGCGCCAUCUAUAGGAAGGGCCCUAUAAUUCUUUUCAAAAUGAUUAAUGCUGAGUCACCUAUAGUUGCAAAAUUGCUUGGCGAAUUGCCAUCGUUUAAGUAUGAUUAUGAGCCUAAUGAUGAUAUUAAGGUUCAAGAAGAGCAGCUGAGAAUUAUGGAGAACUCAAAUAUGUAUAGAGGUCAAUGGGCUGAUAAUAAGCCUCAUGGAGUCGGAAUCAUGUACUACUCAGAUGGCUCUUUAUACGAAGGCUAUUGACAGUUUGGAGAAAGAAUGGGUAAAGGACGAUUUAUAAACUUUGAAGGCAGCUGAUAUGAAGGAAUGUGGGAAAAUGAUAAAUAUAAUGGAGAAGGCAUGCUUACUCCCCCCCCUCCGUGAGUGAACAAAACCAUUAGAAAAAUCGCUAUUUUUUGCCCAAAAACCCACCCUCCGUGAGUGAACAAAAAUUUUUUUUAAUAGAAAAAUUUUUUAUGGAAAAAAAAUUUGAUAUAUAUAAAUGAUAAUUAGUAUAAUGAAAUCUAGAGCUAAUUCUGUUUAAUUUUAAACGAAUUGCGUUUUAAAACAUAAAUUUUAUAAAUUAAUUAAUAUUUGCUUUCCAAUUUUUGUGAACUAGGAUUUUUUUAAAUUUCGAAAAAAAAUAUUUUUUUAUAAAAUUUAUAUAUAAUUUUUUUUAAAAAAAAAAAUUAAACCCCCCUCCGUGAGUGAACAAAAUUUUUUUGUUCACUCACGGAGGGGGGGGGGAGUUAGUACAUCUGAUGGCCACGUUUAUGAAGGAACCUUCAAAAACAACACAAUUAUCUGGGGACUUGCUGCAUAUCCUAAUAAAUGCAUCUAUAAGGGGGAAUUUCAAAAUUGAAAAAAGCAUGGAAAAGGAGUGUUCACAUGGCCCCAUUUGAAAUGAAUAUAUGAAGGCUACUUUGAAGACAACAAGCUUAAGGGAGAAGGGAAAUGGACUUUUGACGACGGAUGCACAUUUGAAGGGAUUUUUGACGGUCUAACUGGAAUUGGAACGAUGCUAUAUCCAGAUAAAACUGCUGUAAAGGGCGGGAUUGCAGUGGUUGAUGAAAAAGUUAUCUUCAUUCACCCUGGAGGAUAUAAAAAAAUCGGCAGCUGGGAUGAGGAUGAAUUUCAAGAGUGGAUCGAAAAUUACCAAAAAUCGCAGUCAGAUUCCCGAGAAAGCACAAGUGACUAG